AUGAUCAGUUUGCUGUCUUCCAGUAGUCCUUGCAAGCUUCAAUUCCAAGAAACAAAGUUUCCAAGCAACCAAGCCCUGCAAACAAAAGGGUUGUAUUUGCAUCUUUGUUACCUGGGAGUGCUGCUGCUGCUGCUGCCCCACACUGUCGCUCCAGAUGGCCUGUGGGGUAGCAGAGAUCAAGUCACAGACAUACGGAGCGGAGCUGAGGUAGCGAUGAGCGGUCGAGAGGUGGUUGCUGUGAGUGUGGGAGGUGUGAGGUUUGUCACCCGGCCCUGCACCUUGCUGCGGUUCCCCGAGUCCAGGUUAGCACGCAUGUUGGGUGGUGACGACCCGGAGUUUAAACUGGUGAACGGAGAGUUUUUUGUGGACAGAGAUGCCGCUUUGUUCAGUUACAUCAUGGACUUCUUGAGGACUCUUCAGGUCUCUCUGCCUGCUGAUUUUUCAGACUUGCAGAGGCUGCGCAGAGAAGCGGAAUUCUAUGAGCUGUACCCUCUGGCUGAGCUCCUGGGCCAGGAACACCUCCUGAAGCCGAGGCUGGAGAUCUUGGAGGUGCGUUUUUUCCUCCAGGAGAUGCAGGCCUUUUUCCGGAUCUUCGGUUCCUGCAGUAGCACUGUGGAGACGCUGGCUGAGCAGAUCACUGUGCUUACGGGGCAGCUGCCAGGGCAGGGCUGGAGCAGUCCUUUUCCUUCUCAGAAACCACUAAUUCCACUUCCUUUGGAAAGACCUUCUCAUCACGACAUGGUUUUUCAGUGUGGAACCGACUGCUCUGCUGGUGACCGCUUUGUGGCCAGGUACGUCUCCAUAAAACCUGACAACAGAAUGCUGAUAAAUGGUACUAACGUGCUAGGCCUGCUGAUUGACACGUUGCUCAAAGAUGGAUUUCGCCUCAUAAGCACCAGGACAGUUUCUAGCGAUGAAAAAGUGGAGUGCUACAGUUUUGAAAGAACACAGAGGCCUGUAAGCCUUAGCAUUGCUGCAAACCAACACCCAGAGAGCUCCGGGACAGUGCAGGCAAGGAGAAGCCGAGUGCAGAAGGGGAAAUAAUGCAUUUUCCUAUACUCCUGUGAAGGUGGAAGAGGUGGUGUGUGUCAGCACCAGCAGCCUUUUUUUUGUUUGUUUGUUUGCUCAUUGGAAACUGCGGCUAUUGAGGGAAGUAACAAACAAACAACUUGUUAAAAAAGGAGGCGGAAAAAAAAAUGCUUUCCUGCCUUUCCCUGCUCCACCCUCUUUAAUUCUAAAUAAAAGAACCACAGAUUCAAUGCUGUUUUUGUGGACCAGAUUGCAGUACUUUCAAGGGCAGUUUUUGUUUUUCUCUGUGGCUAAAACUUCUGUGACUCACAGAAGAUCAGUCACUCCUUCUAGAAAAUUAUUCCUAUGUUCUGUGCUCUUCAAAUGUGAUCACAUGCAAAGGAGUUUUGCAUGCAUGCAAAAAGGACUGAAGCAGUGUGGAGAAGUGUCUGGAGGAGGAAUGUCAACCUGAAAGACUGGAGGUUGUUUCUGCUUUGGAAACACCAAUUCCUGUAAUGGCAAGGUCACAAGUUGUGUUGCUGUGGGACUGGAGACACGAGAGCAUGGCUUUGUGAAGCCACUGCUGGCGUUCAUGAAAUAAUAAUGUGCCACUGUCUCUUGCAAAAUACUCCUCUGUCCUCUCCCCACACUCUGAAGACACUGAGCUGCUCAUUAGUGCUGAGAAUUAAAUGAUAAAGAUCCUCAGAAAAUACUUGUGAUGCAAACAAAGAGUCAGUCAGUUCUUAGAGCCUUAACUGUAAGAACAAAAGUGUGAUGAACAGUCCUUCAGAUGGAAGAAUUGGUGAAAUUUUAAACAAGAUAGCACGAGGUAUCUCUUAGUGCUUGUUAAAUGAAAAGGUAUUCAGGAAGGAGGCUUGGCAGAGGUCGCUUUGGGAAUUUUAACCCUGUCCAAUGGUUUGUAAAAGUGCCAGGAUUAUUUCAGGUAUGGGAGAGUUAUUGAGGCUUUAUAGAUUUAUAGACCUUUUGUCCUACCUAACAGGAAGAUCAUGGCAGUGUCAAGGAUUCAUUAUUUGAAUCUGAUUUUGUUUCUUGUUGAGAAAACGUGCUACAUCAGCCUGUCUGAUUAAUUAGGUCUGGCUUUCCUUUAGCUUUAAAGUGUGAAUUUCUUUACAGCACUUAGGAAUGAUGAUGGGUGGUGGGGAUCAGUCUUCUGUUUCAUGUUUGUAGCGUUUGCAAUGGAAUGGAUCAUUUCAGACUUCUGGUGCUGCUAUCAGAUGUUUAUUUUCUCUAUGCUACCAUCAAGCAUUUUAGCUUGACACAGGUGUUUGGAGCUUUCCAGGGGUAAAAUAAUGUGAUUAUGGGACGACAUCUCCUAAGCUGCUUACAGGCUACAUACGUGUAGUAAAUAUUAUGGAACACACUUUCACUUCAAACUGGAUUUUUUUGUCAAUAAUGUCAACCAAUAUGUUAAUGCUUUGAGCACAGGCCUUUCAUUAGACUUUUUACCAACAAAAUUAGGCUAUUUCACCUACUGCAGAAGCAGUGAGUUUAUUUUCACUGCUGAACUCUUUUAAAAUAAGGAAAAAGAAAUAUAUAUGUUUUAACCUACAUCAUUACUCGUGCUUUGUGGUUUUGGCAAAAGGAAAAUUUGAUACAACCAUUUCACAGAUUGUGGCACAGCUGAGGCUGUCUGGGCUCCCUGAGUCCCUCUGCUCCAUGCCCUGUCCCAGCAGGGACAUCCAAAGCAGGGUGCCCAGGGCCACGUCCAGGCAGCUCUGGGAGAUCCCCAAGGAGGAGACCCCACAGCCUGUGGGCAGCCUGUGGCAGUGCUCCAUCACUGCACAGCACAGAAGGGCUCCUGGUGUUCAGAGGGAACCUCCUGUGCUCCAGUUUGUGCCCAUGGCCGCUGGUCCUGGCACCAGGCACCACUGACAGAGCCUGGCUUUGGCCUCUGGCACCCUCCCUCAGGUAUGUAUGGACAUUGAUGGGAUCCCUGAGCCCCCUGCAGCUGAACAGUCCCAACUCUCCCAGCUACUCCUCAUAGAAGUUUCUGUGGCCUUUCAUCAACUUUGUGCCCCUCUGUUGGACUCUCUCUUCCAGGUUGUCUUGUACUGGGGGAUUGCAGAGCUGAACCCCGUGCUCCAGGUGUGGGCCUCAGCAGUGCUGAGUAGAGGGGAAAGAUCACCCUCAUGGGUUAAUUUACCCAGCACAAACACCAUCCUAUGUACCUAAUAUUUUGGCUGUGGAAGAAUACCCCAGUGAAAGCUCCUGUCCUGUAAAGAAUCAUAAAUACUUUAUCUUGACCUGUUAGGGCCAUGUACCAAGAACCUGUACAUAUGAAAAUUACUAAAUCGGGAUUCCAAAGCUUUUCUGUAAUUUAUUCUUAGCAAUUAACUGAGAUGUGUCAUUUUUGCACCUGUUUCUCCCCCCCUUCUUUUUCUCUUCAUAGUUGCUUUAGGAAGUAUAAGAGCACAUGUGUGUAUGGCAAUUAUUCAACAAGUGUAUCAGCAGCAGAGCUUUUCACACUGGUGCAUUUCCCCACCAGGCAGCAGUUGCAGAGGGAGAAGUGAAUUUGGCUGAUCAGAGCACAAAUUAACCACAAGUCUGGGUGAUUUUCAAGCCUUUUGGUCAAAACCAGAUGACGUGUUAAACUGACUAAUUUCACACACAUCUUGGCAGGUCCACAAGCUAUGGCAUCUCCCCAUACAAUCUGUGCUGGACUAGAAGCGUGGUGGAGGAGAUCUGGUCAUGUUUUUUCAUUCAGGAGAACAAGGAGCUCUGAUUGCUCACAGCUACCUCUAUUUUUGAUUAAAUAGAAGUUUUUGAAACCUUGGAUUGUUUUUCCGGUUAACUUGGAAUUUGUGAUCACUGAUAUUCUACUUCUUCAACUCAUUGCCCACUUUCUCAAGAGAAUUCCUUUGUCCAGAAGGUAGAAAAUUUGCUAAUUUCAGUCCAUUUACGGUUGCCUUUUAUACUUCAUUGCAUUCAGCAAAAAAUUUGCAGACUGUCCCAGAAAUCCAACCUACUUCUGGAUGUGCAGUGAAUUCUCCUCUGCUUUGUAACAUACAAGCAGAAUCCCAGAGCAGUAGGGCUGCUAGAGGGAAAGGAAAUGAAGCUGUAAGACAAUGCUGCCAUUCUGUCCGGCAGGUGCUCAAAUUUACAUCGCAGAAGUAGACUUUUUAGAAAGGGAUGAUAGUGGCUUGAUGCUUCAUUUGCUUUCAUUCACUUGAUGCUUUGGAACAGGUUGCCCAAGGAGGCUGUGGAUGCCCCAUCCCUGGAGGCAUUCAAGGCCAGGCUGGAUGUGGCUCUGGGCAGCCUGGUCUAGCAUUGACAACCUUGUACAUAGCAGGGGGAUUGAAACUCAGUGAUCAUUGUGGUCCUUUUCAACACAGGUCAAUCUGUGCUUCUAUGAUUCACUUGUAGAAAAUCGAUAAUUCGGAAAGAAUCAGAAUCGUUGAGGUUGGAAAAGACCUUCAAGAUCCCCAGGUCCAACCAUCAGCCUGACCCACCAAGUCCCAUCACUACACUGUCUCUCUCAGUGCCACGUCCAUGUGUCUUGGACAUCUUCAUGACUGGGGACUCCACUGCCUCACUGGGGAAGCUGUACCAGUGCUUGAACGCUCUUUUGUGAAGAAAUCUUUCCUGAUAUCCGACUUAAGCCUCCCCUGCUGCAAUUUGAGACCACUUGUCAUCACCUGAGAUCAUCUUGUAUUUCUUUCUUACGUUAAUAUUUUCCCCCUCUUUUAUAGUUAGAUUUUACCCUAUGUUUAUUUUUUCAUUGGAAGGUCUAUUAUCUUCCCAGUUUUUACCUUGUUUGGCUCAUUUUCAAUUGCAGUGCUCAGAAAUAACCAGUGAAUCUGAGCUUUGCAAGGCUUAAGUGUCUUUGUUUUGGGAAGGGAUAAAGCUAAGGUAUAUCCAACCCAUAGUCUGGGUGGGAUGCAGUUCUGAUCCACAGCUGAAUUCAGUGCCAGAAAGCAGCCAAAGUGGAUAAGAAGUCAGUCCUGUUUGAGAUCACAGCAAUUCAAGUGCAUAACUAUGAAUAAUUAGGAAAAAAAUAAAAGUCUGUUCCCAGAUUGCUGGAAAGUGUUAUUGAAUAUUCACUGGGAAACAAGCUGGGAACUAUCCAAGAGGAGGAGGGAGACUCACUGCCUCUUAUUCCUUCCCUGUGAUUUGCGCUGAACCCUUGCCAGGCUUUAACUUUACAAGGUUUAUUUUUAUUGAUUUUCAACAAUAAACAGUGGGAGUAUCUACAAUAAAAGAUUUACAGUGCAUCACGAGGAAAUACAACUCCCUACCAAAUAUUAUAUUGAUCUAUUCCCAGAUGCUACUGAAACAGCAUGUAAAAGCCCAAAGCAAGCCCAGCGAUGGAGAACUUCCUCUCUACUGACAGAUGCGUUUGCCUGUUAUGUCUUCAGAAAACAAUAAAAGGGAAGGGAGUGACUCCGCUGCUUUGACCAUAUCUUCAACGGCCCAGUUAAAUCUGUCAGCUCAAUGUAAGCCACAUAAAUAAAGAACUGGGAACCAAGGGAGCUGCUAGCGCAUCUGAAGAUUCCCACUCUUUGAAGCUGCAUCUCCUGCUGCAGUCAGGCCAUAAUUAGUCACAGAAGGCCUUGUUGUGACUAGCGAAUGGAUGGACCAACCGUGAUGUGAAUAGUCUGGAAAUGGCUGGAGAUGUGCCUGGAGCUCAGAGUACUCUCAGAUGGGUGGGCGGGAUGUAAAUCACCAGUCAUCAUGUCAAAUCAAAAUAAAUCUGACUUCUGUUAAAAAAGAGGGAACGUCGGCGUUCUAGACCAUGAUGUCGUUGCUGCUGAAAUAACCCCCCAAAGUUUUAUCUCUAAGAGUGAUCUGACGUGUAAAUUUCCCCAGGAAUUCUUACUCCACUUCCAUUCUCACGCAGUGGCUCAGUAAUUGGUGGCUUCUUUCUGGUUAGAAAGAUGAUGAAUGUUGCCCUAAAGGUUGGAAACAGUAAUGUCUACAAAUCUGCUUUGCAGAAUGAAUUUAGUGCUUUGCUUUCUAAGCAAGUUACUGCCACAACAGCCAGCUGAGUGCUUGCAGAAAUUGAGAAUUAAAUGUUGCAGCAUUGUUCCAUCCUCAUUCUAGGCUGGAAAAAAGGCAAUGGAUUGGAAACAUCAACUCCGGGGUUUUACUCAUACUUUGGUGUUAGGAACUCAAUUUUCUUUGAAUUUCAAAGGCAGUCUGCAGCACUCAUUGAAGGCCUUCUGAAAUGACUGCUCUGUGCUUUCCACCCGUGAUAAAUGUGUGAUAAAAGUAAUUGACAAGCGUGCCAUUGGGUUAGACUAGAUGAUCUCCAGAGCUCCUUCCCAAUCCCUACAAUUCAGUGAUUCAGCAACAGACAUUACACAGCACGUGCUGAUCCUUCUUCAGUCCUUGCAUGCCAUUAUAAGCCCUCCAGCUUGCUCCUAGGACUGAUCACUGGCAGAGCAGAGGAAGAGAGUGAGUGGAUAGAGACCAAAGAAGAGAGCAAACCCAACUUACUUUUCCUUUUGUAGAGGAGAUAAAAGAUAAACAUAGGGCUGGAGGGACUCAGUACCUUUGUGGAAUCCACUUUCUGGCGGUGCUUAGGAAGCGUACGCACUGUACUAAGUUAAUGGUAGGACUUAAUGACUUUAGAGCCCUUUUCUAAACAAAAUUCUAUGAUUCUACUGCACUGAAAGGAGAAUUAGCCGAGCUGCCAGAAGUUCCAACAUUGUCAGACAAGGAAAAGCAGAAGAUCUGAUAGACUGAAUGAAUGGGUGGGUGACAGCUGCUACAGGAACUUGGAAAAGGCACAGAAGACGUAGGGUGAGACACAGACAUAUAAAAGACUAUAGGGACUUAGAAUUUGCUAGAUAAGUGGCUCUGCAGAACAGCUUGCACUGAUGCUUUGCAUAUCUGAACAACAAAUUCUCUCUUGAGGUCAGUUCUGUACCUGCACUGGAAGUGAGCCAUUGCAGGAUCCAGACACUGAAUCAGUCAUCAUGAUACCCCACAUCUGGAAACAGUGACUGGGCUUUUGGUGGCUGCGCACACAAGCACUGAAGGUCUGGAUACCAGCACUGCCUUGGCUGCACUGGGGUGAUACUUCCGCUAACUUGGACACUCCCUUCUGGUGGUUUUUGCUUCCAAUCCAGUUGCACAGUGGAAAGCAGUCACCCUACUAGCAAAUUCCUAAACUUUGCUAUGGUUUUGAUAACCUCAAUUCUGUGGAUGGUUCAAAACCCAACUUCUUGUCUACUCACAGCAACAUGACACAGCCACGAUGAGCAAAGGGCACGACAACAUUUUUCACAGGUUCAUAUCCAACACAUUCAGGAUAUAAAGACAGGGAUUCCUGUUCUUCUGAAUUUCUUCUUAGAUGUCUUCAUGGUUGGACUUGAUGAUCUUUAAGGUCUUUUCCAACCUGAGUGAUUUUAUGUCUGUAGCCACUUUUACCACUUCAAAUUAUUAUUCACAAAAAUUAAUUAUCAGUACCCUAUUUAGCUUGGAUCUCUCCCUCCCAGAAGAGUAGCAGCAGAUAGAAAAGUUCAUCUGCUUCCCCCAUCACUCUAAGUUCCAAUUGUUGCUGUGUUUGGAGACUGUUUUCCAGUGAGCGCUGGCCUGAGACAACACUGAGUCUGCUCACACUCAGCAAUGUCUCUAGUAUCUGGUAAAUCUUUCUCCCAAUUGAAGACUUUGUACUGAGUAGGUGCAGGUAACAAGUCAGGAGCUGCCAUGGUGAGAGUAAGAAUGAAUGGCGUGGACAGAGACAAUUCAAUCUGUGACAUGGCAAAAACAGGCUUUCUUUGAAGACUGAAGUCAAAUAUCUGGAUGGCAUCUCAAGAACCCUUGUCAUUUAAUAAAUACCAAGCAGAAUGUGGAGAUGCUGAAAAAUGCAGGGUUUCCACCUCUAUAAGCAUCCUACUUUGAACUGCAGCUAGUGCCUCUACCUAACGUAGAACAUCCAGCUGAAGAGAACUUCACAGGAGGAUCCUUCUGUCCUUUUCUGAUUCUGAGCACAGGACUAUUUCCCAUGGAACUGGUCUUACUGGGACCUGGUGACUUUCAGAAAAGUAUCUCAGUACCAGCAGAACAGAAAACAAUUCAAUCA